CUAGCCGUGGAGAGUGCUGCGCACGCGCAGCUCCGCCAUCUUCCUGGUGCCCCUCCUGCGCCUACAGGUUUAGCGAAGCCCUAUGUUCCGUUUCCAGAUUUCCCAAUAACUCUCAAGGUCCUGGUUGCCCACCUUCUUAACAGCAGAGGUUAGAGCGUGGGCCGGGUGGGAAGCGGCGUUGACCCGCGGUGGGGAGGAGCGGGACCCCAGACAGCGGGCAGGGGCGUCCAGGUCCGGACCAUUGGCUUGGGUUCGAAUGGCCCCCCAGCUCUAAGAGGGUGGUUCUGCCGGAGCGUCCGCGGGACGGGGGUGGGGGGCGUGCGCAUGCGUGAGGCUGCGCUCUGCUUGCGUGGAGAGCCCCGUGACUUUUGAACUUGGCUUACAGCUCUGUAACAAGUGCCGUGAACGUCAUCACCUUUGUUUUUGUCCUCAGUGGCCCCAGUAUCUAGGGGGACCAGAAGUUCCAAGAGGUGCAGAUUUGGGGUCCUGGGUGAAGGUUCCAAAUAUGAAUUUGCCUUCUAAUCUUAUAUCCUAAUUUCUAAAGAACCUGUGGGUUCUUGUGAAGUUAAAGACCUGGGUCUCCAGAAACAAAUCGCAUCCUGAAGAGACCCUUGGGACAUUUGAUCCCUCCCCAGAGUUUCAGUCCCAGAAAGGGGUAGAUCCUGGAACUGCAGGGCAUAGCAUAGGAAUUCUUUGUUUUCCUGUUGCGUAAGGUGCCACUGUAACCGAACUAACCUGAGUUCACUCCUUGGCGAGUGACAGAUGCAAACUACACCAGGUCGAGUUGUACAAAGGAAAAUUUGCAGCAGAUAAGGAGCUCAUGAGGUAUAACUUUCAAAGCCUUGACUCCCUGAGUAAGGUUGAACGGGUUCCUUUUAUUUAGGGUUAGGAUGAAUAUUUAGAAAGGGGAUCUUUGUCAUUGUAUUGUAGAUGGAGUAAGGUCCUGCAGUCGCCUUAAGGCAACCUACCUAUACUCACACACAUUCUGUGUUAUGUAAAUGGUACUCCUAUUUGAACCAAGAUGUUAGUAUUAUAAUAUGGUGGUUGCCCCACCUUCUAGAGGUCACUCCAUGAUCCCGCCUGCUCAGGGUUAAGCUCAAAGUGGUCCUGGCGGUGUUGGGGCAGUUGGUAUUGGGGCAUUCGCUAUCCCUUGACAGGUGAUUCCAAUUUCCAUUUGCCUGCGUUUAGAGAAGCCGGAAAGAGCUUAAGGAAAAAUGUGGGACAGAGAUUCAAGUUUCAGGCCCGUGAGUGGUUCACUGGAGUAUCUGUUGUCAUCUGGCACUGGUGGCAUCUCCUUCUGGGUCUCUGGUGCAGACGCCUUCUUUACCAUGGUGGAUCUAAGAAUAAGCUCAGAAGAAAGUCCUAUGUUUUCAGGUUAAGGGAGGGUAUUUGAAUAAAUGCUUUCCAUUUCUGGAGGUUAUAGCCCAACGGCCUCUCCUUCAGAAUAGAAUUCAUCCCUCCCAUAUUCUGGGAUUCUUUCUUAGGGUUUCCUCUUACCCUCCACAAAGUAAUUUAUAAUGGUUAGUGGUGACACAAAUGCCAUGCAACCUCACCCACAAUAUGUAUGAGACUUGGUUGACUUAAAACCAGGCUCACAAGGAGAGAAAGUUAAUGCUAAGGCGUCUAAGUGCGUGUGGGUAGUUGUGCCUUACAGAGUAGCAGCUGGGGCACAGGCUGCCUCUUCCAUCCCCUCAGUGUCCAGGUGGUCCCAAAGGAUUUAUUGGCAGAGUGACUCAGGGAGAACCUGGUUUAGAUUCAGUAACUCAAGGCACACUUCCCUUUUUAAGAGGAAAAACAGAGCAGUACAGGUGUCCCCAACAGACAGAUCAAACAGGUCAAACGGGUAAGAUGGAGAUAUCCUUUACCAUGACUGAUUCUAGACUAGUCUCAGAUGGGCCACUUUCUCGUUUGCCAGGCUGAGGCACUCAGCCUCUGAGUGGCCAGGUCUUGUCCUGUGCCACUCAGGGAUGUCUGCACCCAACUCUAAUUGAGUGUUCAGUCCCCCAGAGUGUUUACUGGAGAGGCCCUGUUCUUAACUGACUGCCGGCCUGCCAGGCUUUGUGAGACAACUCAAAGAAGAUACUCUUCUAGUCACAGCAUAGGAUCCAUACCACCUACCUACCUCUGUGGAGAGAUUUCAGAGCAAGAGGCUCAGGGCAGCCACAGUUCUUCAAGGGGUCAGCAGCAUCAGUCCAGAGGCACAGACCGCACAAAGGGAGAGUCCCCUCCAAGAAUUCCUCUCCCAGUCCCCAGGGUGGAUGCGUGAGCCCGGAUGAACCGCUGCCAACUGCUCCAUCGGUGGGGAACCAGUUGUAUCUGCACAGGACUCUAUGCUUUUGUAAGAACGGCAGAAAAUGGACAAAUCCCAGGGGUCACUGUCAUUCGGGGAUGUGACUGUGGACUUCUCCUGGGAGGAGUGGCAGUGCCUGAACCCUGCUCAGAGGACCCUGUACAGGGACGUGAUGCUGGAGAACUACCACAACUUUGUCUCAGUGGGGUUUCUCAUUAACAAGCCAGAGGUGAUCUUCAGAUUGGAGGAAGGGGAAAAGCCAUGGAUAGUAAAGGAAGAAUUUCUGUACCAGAACUACCCAGAAGACAACAAAGCUCAUUACCUAACAGAGAGAAUCCAGGAAAACCAAGACAAAUAUUUGCCACAAGUUGCAUUUAAGAACAAAACACUGGCCUCAGAAAAAGUUCAUGCUUUAAGACAACCAUCUAAUACGAGUGCAAACUUUGUUCCUUCAAGAAAAAUGUCCUGUAAAUAUGACUCACAUGGAGUGAGUUUGAAAAAUAUUUUAAUAUCAAUUGGUAGUAAUAGAAAUUCUUCAAGAAAAAAAUAUGGCAUUUUAAAUGUGUAUGAGAAAUUACUUGAUAUUAAGCAGGAAAAACCUCAUGCUCAAGAGAUUUCUUGUGAAAAUAAUCAGGAUGAGAAAACCUUUGGUCAUAAGAAUGGUAUUAUUCAGCACCUAAAUACUCAGACUUCAGAGGAGACUUUAAAAUAUAAUGAUGGUGGAAAACCCUUAGGAGAAGAGACCAUAAUAAUUCCACACAGGCAAAAUGACAUAGGAGAGAAACUUUGUGAAUAUAAGGAACAUGGGGAAACCUGUGAGAUAUCAUCUCUGUUGAAAUAUCACGCGGUCUACACAGAAAUAAAACAAUCCAAAAGCAAUCAAAUGGAAAAUAAUUUCAGUAAGAUGUCACACUUCACUCAAGUUCAGAAAAGCCAGAGAGGUGAGUGUCUAUUCAAAUGUAACGAAUGUGGGCAAACAUUCAACUACAAGUCAAAUCUCACAGUGCAUCAGAGAACACACACAGGAGAGAAACGCUAUCAACUUAAUUUACGUAGGAAGACCGGUCACAAAUCAGUUCUCACAGACCAUGGGAGGACACAUACAGGGGAGAAACUUUAUAAAUGUAGUGAAUGUGGGAAGUCCUUUUACAAGAAGUCAUCCCUCAUUCGACAUGAGAGAACAUAUACAAGGGGGAAGCCCCACGAAUGUAAUGAAAGUGGGAAAACUUUCUCCCUCACUCAACAUCAGAGAACUCACACAGGAGAUAGACCCUUUCAUUGUAAUGUGUGUGGCAAAACUUACCGUCACCUCUCAGCUUUUAAUGUACAUCGGAGAACUCACACAGGAGAGAAACCCUUUCAGUGUAUUGAAUGUGAGAAAUCUUUUCUUACAAAGUCGACUCUUAUUAAUCAUCAGAGGACUCACACAGGGGAAAAGCCCUAUGAAUGUAAUGAAUGUGGGAAGAGUUUCCGUCAUAAAUCUACCCUCACUACCCAUCUGAGAACUCACUCAGGAGAGAAACCUUAUAAAUGUUGUGAAUGUGGAAAAGCUUUUGGGCGGAAAUCAGCCCUUACAAAUCAUCAAGGAAUUCACGUAGGGUAGGAACCCUGUAGCAGAAAUGUGCUAUGUUUUUCCCAAUACCCAUUUCUCUUUCUUUAUGGUUACACAACUAGUCCAGAUUUGCUAGCCUGUCUUCCAUACACAUGAGGCCAUAUGACCUGUGACUCACAAUACGGUCACAAAUUCCAAGCCUGUAAAAGACCUCAUUUGGAAUUUUUCCUACUUUCGUUUUUCUUUCCUUAUCAGGGGGUAAUGGAGAUAUCCUCAGGACAACGUGGACGCUAGUCAUUAGAGAUUACAGAUUCUUAAGUUGGGAGAAACCAGGGUCCUGGGCAGAGUUUUGCCUUUACUAACAUCACUUCGUAAGUCUUGUCAUAGACGAGAAAUAAUUUUUUUUUCAGCCAUUACAUGUUUAGAGCUUUCUGUUGUCAUAGUGUAUGCUAGCCAUGCUUUAUCCCAUCUAUCCUGUGAAUCUAAUGAAGGUAUGAGAAACACUGUAGGUCAGAGAAUUCAUUAGGGGAGAAACCGCUCUCAAUAUCCUGCAUUUUAAUAAACCUUCAUCAACAAGCCAAACAUUUUAUAAAUCAGAAAUUUACAGUGGAAAACCCCAAAAAUGAAUGUAGGAAAAUUUUCACAGUCUGAUUAUCCAGUAGAUAAUUGAGAGUAGAAUAAAGCUAACAACCUGAAAAACAUUUCAAGAUUUAUAUAUCAGAAUACGUAACAAAAGAAAAUUGUCAGUUUAGGAAACGAGGAAAACAUCCUUACCUAGAAAUGAUCUUAUUCUAGAAGCGAUGUUUCGGAUGCAGUAUUAAAUAACUUACAAAUAAUAUGACACAGGAUGCUUAUUUAAGGGUCUUGCUCAUCAAGGAACACAUCGCUUUGAGAAAGGCGUGAGUGAGUUGAGUCAGAGCAGCGGCAUUAAAUGUAUAUGAGUAGCGUCUGUGCUAGGUCAGGCUUGCACACGACAGUGCUCUUUAACAGCUGUUUUCUGCAUCCUUGAUUUUUGUUUUGUACUCACAGUAGUUACAGUAGGAGCAUUGCACCCUUACCUAAGUAACUUUUGUAACAUACACUAGGAUUUCUGACACUAAAUACUACUGUCCCAUCACAUAUUUACACCACAACAUAUAUGAAUUUUAAAAGGAACAUUGAAUGCGUGAAUGUCAUAUGUGUUUUCUGCUUUUUGGUGUUAUAUAUAACUCCAUAUAGACAUUGUGAAGAAACUGUCCUUUUAGUAAAUCACCCACAUAACAUUUAAUAAAGUCAAGAUUUAUUGGAAAUCUGCAACGAUUCAGCGCACAGUUGUUUAUGAUACACAUAUGAGUUAAUUUUCAAAGGUGGCCUUGAACAUUAGUACUUAGUACACUGUACGGAUUGAAAGCAGGGCCCAUUGAAGACAUUUCCCCCAUUUUUGUGUUUUCUAAAGGGUAUGUUUAGUAAGUUUAAGUGCAAAGUGCAGAUAUUGUGAGCACAACUCUCUGCAUUUGUAUUUUUUGUGGUAGGCUGCCACGUUUCCGCCUUAGAAUUAUGCAUGGUUUCUGCAAAGUGUUUUAUGCCUGUCACUUACUAUUUGAGUGACCUGUGUAGUGAUUUAAUCUUUCUGCUUCAAUUUCAUUAUCUACCUCACAGAUAGUGAACAGUUUGGGUUGAUGUUUUCUGUUAUUAGAGCCAAAGGCAGUUAUGUUUAGAACUUGAACAUUAGAAAUAAAAUAGUCAUUCCAUAGUAUGAAGUGUAUUUCUGCUUCUUGAGUUGAUACAAGAAGAUUCUUUUUAGAACUUUGUAUUUUGUCAGGUUUGUCUUUAAAAUAUAUGAAACAAAUCUGUUUGGAAUAAACAGAAUAAUCUAUUGA